CAACAACAGCGACGACGACGACAGACGCCCCUCACUCGUCGCGCACGAUGGCGACCACGCUCGGCCUCGACCCGUCUGACCCGCUCAACCUGCUCAUCCACAACGCGCACCCGGACACCUCGUCCUCCUCGUCUUCCUCUGAGGAUGACUCGCAAGAAUCGAGCGCAGGUGGCAGCCCGCCCUCGUGGAACGAGCUCUCCACCCUCUGGUCAUCGUCGGAGCACGCCGACCUCUCGCCGUCGAAAGCAGGCGGGGAGCUGGGCACUGGCACGCUCGACUUGUUCGCGCCGAUGGACAUGGACUUCGACCCGCACCACCAGGACCUGUCCGUCGACCCCGCCGCGCUGCACUUCGACGCCCAGAAGCUCUUCGCCGCCGCCAACGACCCCACCGCCUACGCGAGCGCCAACCCCGACUUCGGGAUGUUCGCCCCAGGCGACAUCGACCUCGUCUCGAUGCUGUCCUCCUUCACCAACGCACUCGGCACCGACGCCGACCCGUUCGCGCCCUCGCCCUUCACGACCACGCCCGACUUUGACUUUGCGUCGAGCAUCGAUCUCGGCCGACCGCGGCGUUCGAGCGUCACCUCGUCCUCCUCCUCGUCCGGCGCAUCGCUCUCGCCCGUCAUCGAGCCGCGCAGCUCCGCCUCCUCGGCGUCCUCCGUGCCUAACUCGGACAUAUCAACGGCAGCGUCGCCCGCCUCCGUCUCCGCAGCGGCCACCGCUGCCUCACAGCCGGCGCCUUCGCCCGCGUCCCCAGCCGACGCGCUCGUCGAAGAGCUCGCCCAACUAGUGCGGCAGAACGCCGGCGUGAUGCUCGCCGUACCCACAGCUUCCCACCUCAUACCACAAGACGCGACCUCCAAGCUCCCCAUUCCCCACCUCCCGGCCUCCGCCUUCCUCACCCGCCCUUCCGCGUCCCCCGCACCCGCUUCCUCCUCCUCCCCCUCCUCCCCGCCCUGCUCCCGCGCCUCCUCCUCUCCCACGCCCACCCACUCUUCCAACGCUCCGAGCUCAAGCCCGGCGCCGGUGAUCACCAUCGGCCCCUCCGGCCGGCCCAAGACGGACCACACGACGAUCGAGCGCCGCUACCGCACCAACCUCAACGCGCGCAUCCAGUCUCUCAAAGCCGCCGUGCCCGCGCUCCGCGUCGUCGAGUUCCAAAAGCAGAACUCCAACCAGGUCAGCAGCAGCGCCGGGAUCGUGAGCGGCCCGGUGGGCAACGAGUGGGGCGACGUGAUCGACGACCGCGGGUUCGUCGACGGCGUCAAAGUCGCGCGAAAAAUCAGCAAGGCGAACGUGCUCGGCAAAGCCGUCGAAUACAUCCGGGUGCUCAAGAAACGAGAGGCGCGGCUCGCCCGCGAACACGCCGGCCUCCGCGCGCUCGUGUGCGGGCUCGUCGGCGGCCCCGCGCUGCUGCGCGAGUGGGAACGCGAGUGGGUGGCCCGCUUCGGCGGGUGCGAGGCGGACGAGGUCGAGGGCGACGAGAUGGAGGGCGACGACGAGGACGAGGACGACGGCGAGGACGACGAGGACGGCGGGCGGGCGCGGAAGCGGCCGAAGGUGGCGGCGAAGAGGGAGAGGCCGGUGAAGAAGGAGAAGCCGGCGCCGGCCGUCGUGCCGCCCGCCGUGCCCGGUGCGCCGGAGAAGAGGAAGAGGGGGAGGCCGAGGAAGAACCCGCUGCCCGCACCCGCCGCGCCCCCUGCGGCGCAAGCGACGGUCGCCCCGCCCGUGGAGAUGGAGAGCUCGCCGUUCGUGGUGGCCGGGCAGCGGCAGUACGUCGCGAUGCGGCCCCCGGCGGGCAUGGAGGUGGAGAUGAUGAAGCGCGAAGACGACGGGGGUCAGUCGCGGGGCGCGCCGCGGUACCUCCUCGCGGCGUUCGCGUUCUUCUCCGUGUUCAACUCGCCGCUCGCGCCCUCGUACGCGUCCUCCGCGUCUUCGACUGCGGCGCAUCACGCGCAUACGGGCUCCGUGCGCACGCCCGCAUCCGUACCGGCGGCGGCGGAGGUGCACGGAUGGACGUGGCAGAGCGUGAUACAGGCGUUCCACCUUCUCGUCUCUGCGCUCGUGCUGCUGAGCAUCGUCCUGCCCUGGCUCCACCUCCCGAAGCGGCUGCGCGCGUCCAAGCUCGCGCUGUUCGCCUUGUCGCCGCUGGCGCUCGCCACGUCCUCGGCGGCCCCUCCGGCAGCGCGAGCCCGCCGGCGCGCUUCGACGUCGUCCGGCAGCGACUCCGACGGCGGCACACCCGCCCGCAAGCCGCGUUCUUACCAGGCCGUGGAGCUGCUCGACGCGCUCGCCCCGGCGCACCGCGGCGAAGCGGACGAGGCGCCGCGCCUGAGGCACGCGCUGGGCGUCAAAGCCGGCCUGCUCGGCCUCUUGCUGAACGGCGUGGGGGGCGCCAGCAAGAAGGAGCGCGGACGCGGCGUGUACGAGCUCCGCCAGCUCGAGCAGCGCGCGUGGGUCCGCCUGGGCGAGCUGGUCGCCGCUGACGAUAACGCGUCGGCCGGCGUGCGCGUGCAGACGUACUGGUGCAUGCGCUCGCGCAUCUCGCCCUACUCGGCGUCGCCGUCGGAUCUGUCCACGCUCGCGCUCGUCGUCCGCCCGCUGGCGGCCAUGCGCGGGAAAGCGGACGCGCUCUGGGCGCGCGCGCUCCGCGCCGGGCUCGUGCGUCCGCACGAGCGGCUGGUGCUCGGCGCGAUGUCCGUCGACGAGGCCGCGGCCGUGCUACGCGCCCGGCCGGCCGCUGCGAGGGCGGGGCAGAGCCCGCUCCGCGUCAUCGCGGCGCACGUCGUGCGCGGGAUGUUAAAGAGGCACGCGGCGCUUCUUUUCUCGAGAGCGGUGCUCGAGGACGAGGCGGAUGAUGGUGCCGGGGAGGACGCGGAGAAGGCGAUGGAGGAGGAGGAGGAGGAGCGGAGGGUCGCGAUCGCCGCCGGCGUGUCGCUCGGCGGAGAGACGGCGGAAGUCGCGGAGAUGCUCGACGCGGCGUGGGCCUGCCGAGUCGGCGAGGACGAGUCGUCUGCGCUGCCGCUGGACCGCGAUGGAGGUGAUGAAGAAGACGACGUGAAGCCGCUCGUCCGCGCGCUGGCACUCUACCGUCACGUCUUCCCGUCGCGCAUCUCGGCCGCGGACGCGCACGGCCCGGCGGUCGUGCUAUCGCCACCUACCGCACCCGCGUUGGUGCGCCGCAGCCUAAGGCGGCUGCUCGACCUCGACUGCUUUGAGGGAGAGGGGAUCGAGGAUGCGAACUUGCGCGCCGCGCUCGGCGAGGCCAAGGACCGCGCAAACGAUAUGCUCGUCGAGCUCGAGCGGGCCGCUGCGCGCGCUGCGUUCUAG